CUAUGCAAGAACUACGAAGACAUGAAUGAGACUAUUGGCACCAAUAAAAGUCAUGGCGGCUAAAGAUGCCGUGAAAUCUCACACUUAUUCGUCAACAUUUAGGGAAUAAAAUUAUAAGCAUUCACAUCCUGAAAGAUGUCGACAGCUAUUGAAAAACUGAAAGUGAAAGGAGCACCAGCACCGAGAAAUACGCCCGCGUCAUCUCCCGUAAUGGCGACGUCACGAGCCAAUCGUCCAAUGGUAACAAGCACGAUACUAACAUUAGAUAAAUCCUAUGAAAUCAUCUUGAAACAGACGUCACGCCAUUCUCUGGAAUUGGCCGCUGCAGGAAUGUCAGCUGCUUCCAGAAGAAUGGAGUAUCUUGGCCGUCUUCAGCAUGCAAAUUUUGGUAUUUCUACCAUGGACUCGCCAUUUAUUGUGUGUGAAGAUAGUGUUAUUGAAGAAAAACCCUUUUUCGUUCUCUGCGGACAACCUGUCAAUGGCGUGUCAGCAAAAUCUCUCGAGAAAUAUCUUUCCGAAAACAGAACAGGGAAUUUCAAAACGUCUGCCCAUGAAAUGUAUAAAGUGCGGCACGGAGUUAAAACCGCAAAAGUGCGAACAGAACCCCCAUUUCUAGUGUCUCGUGCGAGAAGGGCGAAGUCAGAUCUUUUAGAUUAUUCUAGUCAUCGAUCAGACGUCCAUGUCGUGCCGUCAUCAGCAGUGUCCAGGAAACCUUUAUCAGAAUCCAACUCUAAUGCUACCCCGAUUGAGCUGACCACGAAAUCUUUUAAAGGGGUAAACGAAUCCGAAAAAUUAUCAAGUCAUCCUAGAUCAGCUGAUUAUAUGGCUUUCCGGCCAAUAAAGUCCAGUACUAAAAUGAUGACGAGGCACGAAAUGACGGAAAAAAUUAUAAAAGAUCAUGAAUCUGGAAAAGCUUUGUUGACAUGUAUCCAUGUCAACCACCAUACCCCGGGAAAUAUCCGAAACCACGAGGACGAUGAAAAUUUGCCGUCGCAUAGUAAAGCUUUUUCCUCACAUAAUGGAUUGCGCACCUUUAACAAUCCUUAUAGAAAUUUAAAGCACAGGGAAAACGUGAUUAUGAAAGACAGAAAAACAGAUAUGAAGUCUGUCCGGAAGAUUGCAAAAUUGCCGCCAGAUUUACAUAUGACCCAAAGCGGAAAACAAAUUACUUUGCCCAAAAAUAUACUUAGAGUGCCAAAUCCUUGCUCGGACACUUUUGUGUUGCAAAUGCUAGUCACAGCAAAUAAUCCUAAAGUAUACCACCCUCCCCUUCCGAGAACCUCGUCAGGAAAAUAUUCAGACAUUGCUCUGCAGCGAGACUUGGAUGAUUACGUUCAAGUGAGGACUCCCUCAAUUCCACCAAAGUCCCCGGCAGUGCCAAUCAAAUCGCCCGAGCAGAAGGCGGUGAAAAGUGGGAAGAGUAACCACGUGGUGGAGGACGAGGGGGACUGGGCGGGAGACGUCGAUGAUGGUGCUCAGUGACGUCAUUGCAAAAUUCUAUUCAACAGAUUUGAACAACAAAAAGUAUGAAAUAAAAUUUACUGAAGUAAAGGGGAAAAUCAUGAUGAUGGCGAAACUUGCCCCUCUGAUUUUUGCUGAAAUUAUAUUCCCGUUAUCCCACGUAACACCUUUUUUAAUGGUGUUUGAAAAUGAUAAUCUUUGAAUUUAGCUAUUUUAUAGCAUUUGACUCAGAGCCUGUUUGUCGAUUUAUUUUGUUGUCAUGACUUUUCGAGUAUAUAUACAUGAAGGAAUAAAUCAUAAUGUUCGUAAUAUCUGCGAAUUAUUUGUAUUUAUUUCUAUUUCGUAGAGAGAAUAGUCAGUCUCCUUCUUCACUGUAAUUCUGUGAAUAAUUUGCUAUCUACAUGUAACUACC